AUUUCUGAAGAGGCUUCAUCGUUCUCUUUUUUAUUUUGCAGAUAUCGAUGAGUGUUUCGAGGAGCUCUGUCAUCCGUUUGCUUCCUGCUCAAACACCCAGGGCUCGUUCCGCUGUCAAUGCUGGCCUGAAUACAAGGGCGAUGGCUUCCUCUGCCAACCACCACGUAAACCACAACAUUUAUCAAGAAACACACAACCCUUCCUCCCUGUCAGCUCAGUCACGGGCCGUUCUUUUUGCUUACAACACAGUCCAGUACAUCAACUAAAUCAAGUAUCUGUGUGUAUUGUGCACCAAUCAGAAUGAGCUGUUUAAUUAUUCCUAAUGUGACUGGAACGAGUAGAGCAUGUUUCUGGAGCAACGUCUUUUGUUUCAGUACUUGUUGAAAUAACAUCAUGCCAUUUACUGAUUACAUGUGAUUGAUGUCCCUCUGUUUUUCUUUAAAAAAAAAUUCUGCAGCAAAAAGGCCCAAGCCUUCAUUAACUGCAUGCCAGCAGCACAGAAACAGCCUGCAGGAGAGUAUGAGCAUGUAUCCAGCUCUGGAGGCUUUUGUUCCAAAGUGUGAUGAUAAAGGCCAGUACAAACCCCUGCAGUGUUUGGGCUCCACUGGACACUGCUGGUGUGUGGACAGCAGGGGGCAGGAGAGAGUGGGCACCAGGACAAUGCCUGGCACAGCUCAUGCCAACUGUGAUCAACCAGCUGCUCUGGUUCCCCGUGUGGAGACUGUGUGUGAGCGUUGGAGGCUUGCACUCAUGAGUCACUAUAAUGGUCAGCCGUCCUCUCAGGACUACAUGCCCCUCUGUGACGCUCACGGAAAUUUCCAGCCUGUGCAAUGUUAUGGCAACAGCGCUUUCUGCUGGUGUGUGGACCGACAUGGUGUUGAAAUUAUUGGAACCCGGUCCAACGAGGAUGUAAAGCCCCCCUGUAUAUCUGGUGAUGCCGCCCCACUCAACAAUGCACUGAUGUAUCCGGUUAUAAGCUCCUCCCCUUCAGGCCCUGCUAUACUUUACACACAAGCCUCACAGAUUGGAGUCAUUCCACUUGAAGAAACAGACCCAGUUCAGGAAAAGUCCACUGUGUUAUUAGCCUUACAGGACUCGGUUGUGAUUGGAAUUGACUAUGACUGUCAGGAGAACAUCUUGUAUUGGACAGAUUUUGGACGACAUACAAUUUACAGAGCAGUUCUAAUAUCUGGGUCUGAACCAGAGGCUGUUAUCAGCAAAGACUUGAUUCAGCCGGAGGGAAUUGCAGUGGACUCUGUGCACAGGAUGCUGUUCUGGGCAGACAGUGGGAAAGACAAGAUUGAGACAUCUGGCCUGGAUGGCAGUAAAAGAAGAGUACUGAUUGACUCAGGUUUGGUCAAUCCCAGAGCCAUCAUAGUAGACGCUAAGAGUGGAACUGUAUUCUGGACAGACUGGAACCGUGAUGCUCCCAAAAUAGAAAGCUCAUCACUGGAGGGACGUAACAGAAAAGUACUGGUGCAAGUGGGUCUCAUGUUGCCCAAUGCCUUGACAUGGGACAAUGCCACAAAUCAACUGUGCUGGGCUGAUGCAGGCACAAAGAAACUGGAGUGCAUAUCUCCGGAUGGGACUCAGAGACGUGUGUUCCAGGAUACUUUGAACUAUCCGUUCAGUCUAGCCAUCCAUAACAAACACUUCUAUUACACCGACUGGGAGAGAGAUGGGAUACUGGUGAUUGACCAAAGCACAGGGAAAAACACAGAUUAUCUGCCCAUUCAGCAGUCACACUUAUAUGGGAUCACAUUUAUCCCAUCACAAUGUCUAUAGAGACCCUGUGGAUCUCUGCAGUUACAGAGACUGUAAGGAUUUUUGGAAUAUAAAUAAAUGACAACAAAA